UGUCCUCAGCCAGCAAAAAGCUCCUUGCGAUACCAGGCCCUAUCGAGCUCUCACCGACCGUCCAGCACGCACUUGGCCUGCCACCACUCUCGCAUGUCGGUCCAGAGUUCGUGAAGAUCUUCCAGGAGGCAAUUGGGAUGACGAGGCAAGUCGUGCGUACAUCCCAUGCAGCGUCUCAGCCCUUCAUCCUUGCAGGCAGCGGCACACUUGGAUGGGACCAAGUCGGUGCGAACCUGAUCGAGAGGGGGGAUAACGCGCUGGUGCUGCACACGGGGUACUUUGGUGAUGGGUUUAGAGAUUGGCUUCAGACAUACGGUGCCAAAGUUGACGUCGUGUACUCCCCACUCGGCGGCACAAUCCGCAUAGACGAUGUCGAGCGUGCUCUGCGGAAUAAGCAAUACAAGCUCGUGACGAUCACGCACGUCGACACUUCUACCGGCGUGUUGUCGGAUGCUCAAGCCAUCUCGGAGUGUGUAAGGCGCAUCAGUCCGAACACGCUCAUUGUGCUGGACGCGGUGUGUUCCUUAGCUUCGGAAGACGUGCGGAUGGAUGAUUGGGGGCUUGAUAUAGUGCUCUCGGCGAGCCAGAAGGGGCUGGGUGCACCGCCGGGGUUGAGCAUAUUGAUUGCGAGCCCGCAAGCGAUUGAGGUGUGGGAGGAGAGGGAGAGGAGAGGUGUGAAGAGUGGGUCGUAUUAUUCGAGUUGGGAAAAGUGGCUGCCGAUCAUGAGGGCCUACGACCAAGGCAAGCCGGCGUACUUUGGUACACCCGCCGUCAACCUCCUUCGUGCAUACCACGCAUCACUGUUGGAGAUUACGCAGGGCUCGAUAAGCCUCGAAGAGCGACUGGCCUUGCACAAGCGGGCCAGUAGUCGAGUCAAGGCUGCUGCUGAGCGGUUAGGGAUGAUACAAGUGGCGAAGGAGGCGAACGGAAGAGCACACGGCAUGACGGCGCUCUAUGUGCCCCCCGGGUCUGGGCUUGUGGCCGCGGAUGUCCUACCGCUAAUCGGGAAGCGUGGUGUGGUAAUGGCGGGAGGCCUGGUCGCUGAGAUCAAGGAGAGGUAUAUUCGUGUGGGACAUAUGGGAUGGAGCGUCGUAGGCGAUGGCGGACGUGAUGUGGAUACGAUGAUUCGAGUGCUCGAGGAAGCGAUGAGAGAGGCAGGCGGGGCUGUCUCAGCCCGUUUGUAGU